GCAGCAGCAGCAGCAGCAGCAGCAUCGGGAACAAAACUCCUCUAAUUCUUCCGUCCAAAAAUCGACUGUUCAUCCCGGAAGUCCUGAUUCAAUUUCAUCUUCAUCUUCUCCGCAAACUCCUCCGCCGACAACAGCGGUGGCCGCUCACACGACGGAUCCAGCCGUUACGUUUACGCAGGUGUUGACAACCCAAGCCAUCGAUCACACCCCACCACCGUCUCAGGUCAUUUCUCCACUUGUACCCUCCUCCACAUUUUCCAAUGCUACCACGGCUCGUGUUAAGGAGACCAUUGCACGCGCCAAUUCCGUGCCAAUGGAGUUUUAUCACACCGAAUUUUUGGAAUAUUCGAAAGAGACUUAUGAGAAGAAAAUGGAUGCGAAACGCAAUAAACGUAAGCGAUCAUCGCAGCAACAGCAGUCCGGAAGUGAAACCAACGACGAAGGUGUUUCCAAAAAGAAGAAAACAUCUUCUGAUGAUAAGAGUGAUUCCGACGGCGAACUUGACGAUGAAGAAGACAAUGACAAUCGCGGACUCAGCAACGCCGAGAUUCGUCGUCAGAUUCACAUCCAGUCUGAACAGAAACGACGCGCCCAGAUUAAGGACGGAUUCGAUGAGUUGAGAAAGCACUUACCUGGAUGCAAUAACAAGAAAAUGAGCAAAGCAGCUCUACUUACACGAACUGUGCAGCAAAUUCAGCAUUUGAAGUCGAUGCAGACAGAGUUGCUGUCCGAAGUGGAACGUUUAGUGCAAGAAAACGAGACCUUGAAAAAAUUCCAACAUGGAGUUUUGCAGAGGCAAGCAAUGGAAAAGAUGUAUACCUUUUAGAUCACCCCAAACCCCAAUAUCGUGUUGCUAAUUUAGCCCAGCAACUCGAAGGAUAUCCAAGUCUCUUUCUUAUUAUCUUACGUACUUUUUCUUUUACUUAUUUUCGUUUUUUACUAAGCACCACCCCUUUAAUCAUGUUCUUUGUUCUGUACCUAGACUCAUCACAUUACUCCCUUCGCACAUAGUUCUCUGUCCCUUCUUUGCUGUGGACUCAGCAUCGGUUUCCAUGCUUUCGCCCCACUAUUUGUCUGUGUACACAGUUUCACUAUUGUUACGUUUUUUUUUUUUUUCAAUGUUCUUUUUCUCCCUUAUUUUCUUUUCUUAUUGUUCUAGCAAGAUCACACCACGUUUUUUCUUUAGUUUUUAUAUGUGUGCAUUUUUUGUCUUUGAUUUUUCAUUCGUCUUGCUGUUCUUGUAUCUUCUUCUCUUUUAAGAAAAUGAAUUUUUUACAACUCAAA